AUAUUCAUCACAGGCUGUCCCGGCGAGACGUAUGUGUUUCUCUCCAAUUUCGUGACAGGCCGGAAGCUUUUACCGGGCAAUGUAGAAAUACAACUGCAACACCCAAUGCGCGAUGCAGCCCACCUCCUCUGCGCGUGCUCUGUAACGACACCAUAUAUAGGUCGUCAGUGUGUACGGUGCGUAGUAAUAGCGGUAUUAGCUUAGUGUAGUAUCCGGUGAUCGGCCAGUAACACAUGGACCUAAACAUGGUGUGAAAGUGUGGGUUUGAUAUUCAUAUCGUGUGCCUUAGUUAUCCAGCGUUGAUAAAGAGAGAAAUAAAUGCUGAAUCGUGGUUUAUGUUAGCCUGCUAAUGCUAGCUAACUAGCAGGUUGGCUAACAGGAAAACAGGACCGGCGUAUCGGCAGACGGACGGGCGGCGACAAGAUUUGUGUAAACCAGAAGAAAUGGAUGGCAACUCGGAAGCCGCCUCUGAGCGAAUUCUGCUGGAACCAUACAAGUACUUGUUGCAACUACCAGGAAAGCAGGUGAGGACCAAACUAUCACAAGCAUUUAACCACUGGUUGAAUGUUCCAGAUGACAAACUGCAGGGGAUCAUCCAGGUGACUGAAAUGCUGCACAACGCCAGCUUGCUCAUAGACGACAUCGAGGACAGCUCCAAGCUGCGGCGUGGCUUCCCGGUGGCCCACAGCAUCUAUGGCAUUCCCUCCGUUAUCAACUCCGCCAACUAUGUCUACUUCCUGGGGUUGGAGAAGGUGCUGACCCUGGGGCACCCUGAGGCUGUCCAAGUGUUUACCCGGCAGCUGCUGGAGUUACACCGUGGUCAGGGCCUGGACAUCCACUGGAGGGACACCUACACCUGUCCCACUGAGCAGGAGUACCGCAACAUGGUGCUGCAGAAAACUGGAGGGCUCUUCGGUCUGGCGGUGGGCUUGAUGCAGCUCUUCUCAGAUUGGAAACAGGACUUGAAACCCCUCCUGGACACGCUGGGCCUGUUCUUCCAGAUCCGCGACGACUACGCUAACCUGAGCUCCCAUGAAUACAGCGAGAACAAGAGCUUCUGUGAGGACCUGACUGAGGGCAAGUUCUCGUUCCCCACAAUUCACGCCAUAUGGUCGCAACCAGAGAGCACCCAAGUGCAGAACAUCCUGAGGCAGCGCACGGAGAACAUGGACAUCAAGCGAUACUGUGUGGACUACCUGGAGAAGGUAGGCUCGUUUGCCUACACCCGUCAGACUCUGCGGGACCUGGAGGCAGAGGUCUACCGCCUCAUCGGGGAGUUUGGGGGAAACCCUCAACUGGAGAGCCUCGUCAAGCACCUCAGCAAAAUGCAUCGAGAGCCCGAAGCCACAGCCGAGUCCAGGAUGGAGCCACACUCGAGCCAAAUCCACUGACCUCAUCCACGGUUCACUGCUAUGUGACUCGCACACUAGCACGGCACACCCCGCUAACACACAUGCUUUGCUCAUACACAGAUGCAGAUAUAUACGCAACACGCAUACUGGUAUGUUACAUUCAUGUCACAAGUCAGGAUUAAUACUCAGACUUGAGCUGGUUGAUGCUGGCAGACGGCGUUGGCCGCAUUCAGCAAAUGUUGCCUUUCUCUUUUUUUUUUGUGCUAGACGGCAUCUUUCAAGUGUUGCUUAACAAAGUACACAUUUCCACAUUUUUGUAUCCGAAGUGUAGCUGUUCAGUCAGUGGAAUAAAUAAAUUCAAAAAUGAACUUA